AUGGGCGUGUCGGGGCUUCUACCCCUGCUCAAGUCCAUACAACGGCCCACGGAGCUCAAGAAGUGCAGCGGUGACACUCUUGCUGUCGACGCGUAUGGAUGGCUUCACCGAGCUGCCUACUCAUGUGCCGUCGAACUCGGCCGAGGCAAGCCCACCAAACGCUAUGUAAACGCGGCCAUGCACCGCGUCCGAAUGCUUCAGCAUUUUGGAGUCACCCCGUACAUGGUCUUUGAUGGCGACUUUCUUCCAAGCAAGGCCGCUACCGAGGAUUCGCGUGCCAAGAGGCGAGAGGAAAAGAAGAAGCUCGCAAACGACCUCUUGAAAGCUGGAAAGACGUCGCAGGCUGCUCACGAGUUCCAAAAAUGCAUCGACGUCACCCCGGAAAUGGCAUCGACGCUAAUCCAAGAGCUGAAGCAAAUGGGCAUCCCAUACGUGGUCGCCCCCUACGAGGCAGACGCCCAGCUUGUCUACUUGGAACGCCAAGGCCUUGUCAAUGGCAUUAUUUCAGACGAUUCGGACCUGCUCGUCUUUGGUGCCAAACGUCUUUUGACGAAACUGGAUCAGUAUGGCAACUGCAUUGAGAUCAACCGGCGUGAUUUCUGUGCUUGUCGCGAGGUAUCUCUCACCGGCUGGACUGACGCCGACUUCAGACGAAUGGCCAUCAUGAGCGGCUGUGAUUACCUCAACGGUCUGCCAGGCGUCGGCCUAAAGACUGCCUAUCGCAUGUUACGAAAGUCAAAGUCGCCCGAAGCAGCUGUCCGCUUGCUGCAGUUUGAUGGAAAGCGCAUAUCAGAAAACUAUUUGACUCAGUUCUAUCAAGCAGAACUAACAUUUCUGCAUCAAUGGGUGUUUUGUCCAAAGAAGACUGAGCUUGUUCAUCUGACAGAAUUGGACGGUACUCGCACAGCCGACGAAAUGCCAUUUAUUGGUGCUUAUGUUGAACCCGAACUUGCAAGGGCCAUUGCAAAGGGUGACGUCAACCCCAUCACAAAGGCACCCAUCGUCAUCGCGACAACACCUUCUAAGAGGAGACAUUCCCAAACGGCGACCCAAACCCAGCCGCCGAGAAAGCCAAUAACAUCAUACUUCAAAGGACAUAGUCGCAUACCCAUGGGCGAGAUGGACCCCAAUUGCUUUUCUGUCGACCCUCAACGAGUUGCGCAAAUUACUGAAGGAGGGAUGGUCCCGCGGGUGUUUCCCUUGCCUCGACCAUAUGUUGAUGACCAAAGCGAAAUUACCGGACGCGCCACAUCAACUCCGAGACGAACAAGUUCAGCUCCAACUCGAACUUCUCCUAGGCUUCAACGACGGCGAACAGAGCCCAUCUCCAACAUGCUUGCUCGGGUCGCCAGCAGCCCAGCCACAGCAACAACUAGUGACCCUUCUCUCGCUCCUCCUUUGAAAGCACCACUUUCGGAGCCUCAGGUCAGACCAGUCAAGAAGGCACGUCUAUGUGACGAGGGGGACGAAGAGGACGGCUCGCCCAAAAAGAGCAAGUUCUUUCCUCUUCAUAAAACCAAGACGAGUCCGGUUAGGGCGAAGAGCGAUGCAUAUCUAUUUUCAGAUGACUCCAUUGAAGAAACCCUUCGGGAUCUGCCUGAUUUUGAGGGAUGGAAACCGUAUAACAAACGGGGAAAGCCAAUUGCUAUCUUUAAUGACGAUUCACAGGUCUCCUGCCCCGAUGAAAGCCAGGUCUCUCUGGAUGACAGCCAAAACACUAGUCAGGACACUGAGGUCACCGUUCCGUCAGAGACCCCGGAUGACUUGGAGCGCCCUACAAACAGUAUGAUGCCUCCGCCCAAGUCCACCAAGUCAAAGGCGCAAGCGCUCAAGACUCCAUCUCGGGCGCCGAAUUUGAGCCGUUUCUCAUUUUCAUCCAGACCCUCGUCUACACCAUCAUCGUCCAUGUCACAUCAGUCGUCGGUUUUCAGCGUGGCAUCUACUCCAUCGACCGCUCCGUCGACUACUAGUUCUCGGCUUACCCCCUUGCAGAGACUUGGCGCCCAAGCUACCAACUUGAUGGCGUCUCCUAAGCCAGCCAGAGCCAAAGCCAACAUGGCCAAGGACAGCGUCAAGGGUUUGCCUGUCAACCCGUCAUUUGUCCCCUUGCCCAAGGUGGAUGUCACAGAGGUUGAAGCCCUGAACAAAUCAUGUGGAAGCGAAGAUCAAAUGGUCCCCGACAGCGACGGGGAGAAUGAAGAUGAGAUUGAGCUGCGCCCAAGGAAUUUGAAUCUGUCUCGAUUUGCAUUUUCCUGA